GUUAAAGUCUAGAAUCUUUGAUAAAUCGGACCCUCAGUGCUCUGUACAUCACAACACAGCAUCUUGUGUGAAAAUGUUUAUCAUGUCGGUUUUUCUCUCUUCGUGCUUCUGUUUUCUGGUGUGAUUGGUGAUCCAGAUGAAGUGAAGUCAGUAUCAGUGAUGGAGGGAGAUUCUGUUACCCUACAUAUUGAUGAUAAACAUCACACAGAUAGCGCUCAUCUGAUGCUGUGGACUUUUGUUACUCAAGGGUCUCCCAUAGUAAGAAUAAACAAAGAAGCCAAUAAAGUCUCAAUAUUUGCUGAUGUUCAUGAUGGGAUGUUCAGAGACAGACUGCAGGUGGAUGACCAGACUGGAUCUCUCAACAUCACAAACAUCACAACUCAACACUCUGGACUUUAUCACAUCACCAUCAGCGGCAAACAACAGAUCUCAUACAGAUUCGAUGUUACUGUCUAUGCUCACCUGCCUGUUCCUGUCAUCUCCAGAGGGUCUACACAAUGUUCAUCAUCAAAUUGUUCUGUGUUGUGUUCAGUGUUGAAUGUAUCACAUGUGAGUCUCUCCUGGUACAAAGGAAAGAGUUUAUUGUCCAACAUCAGUGUGUCUGAUCUCAACAUCAGACUCUCUCUACCUCUGGAGGUGGAAUAUCAGGAUACAAACACAUACAGAUGUGUCAUCAACAAUCCCAUCACGAACCACACACAACAUCUACACAUCACUCAACACUGUCAUCCGUGUUCAGGUCUCACCUUCAUUCAUAAAGUUGUGAUGUGUUGCGCUGCUGUUGCAUCUCUGAAGAUUGUGACUGUACUUCUGAUCAUCUGCGUCUGCAGGAAACACAGAGUGAAUGAACGAUAACAAACGCAGUCUGUUUC